AUGGCACUUCCCAAAUUCAACCUCUACAUCAACGGCCAAGAACGCGAAGGCGGCAAUGGUUAUGAAGAGACAAUAAAUCCCUAUACACAGAGACCAUGGGCUCAGAUCGCUCAAGCAUCUGUCCAGGACGUGGACGAUGCAGUUCGCGCCGCAGAAGCUGCAUUCCCCGCUUGGGCUGCAUUGCCGGGCCUACAACGCGCUCGACUGAUGCACAUACUUGCGGAUUUGAUCGAGGAGGAAGCUGAUACUCUAUCCAAGAUCGAAACGUCAGAUAAUGGCAAGAUGAGACGCGAAACCAAAAGCCAGAUGCUGUUCUCUGCCAGAAAUUAUAGGUUCUUCGCAGGUAUGGCCGACAAACUGAACGGCGAGGUCAAGCCCAUGGAUAACCCAUCCUUGUUCGAUUACACGCUCCGCGAAGCGUAUGGGCCAUGUGCUCUCAUCACUCCAUGGAAUAGCCCAAUCUCCGUGCUAACCAACAAGCUACCGCCAUGUCUGGCUAGUGGCAACACCUGCGUCGUCAAGCCGAGCGAGUUUACCACCGCCAGCACCCUAUACUUUGCCAAAAUUAUUGAACGGGCAGGGUUCCCGCCUGGGGUAUUCAAUGUCGUAUCAGGGAAAGCCGACGUUGGAAAAGCACUGGUCACACAUCCCGCAAUUAAUCUGAUCAGCUUCACGGGCAGUGUAGGGGUAGGCCGACUUAUUGCUCAGCAAGGCGCCGAGAACAUAAGGCCAGUAGUGCUCGAGCUAGGGGGGAAGUCAGCAAACGUUAUUCUCGAUGACGCUGAGUUAUAUCGUGCCAUACCUGGAAGUGUGGCAGGCAUUUUUGCUGCUUCGGGUCAAUCCUGUAUCGCGGGCUCCCGACUGCUAGUUCAGAGGAGUGUAUACGACAAGGUCGUCCAAGGUAUUCUCGACACCGUCAAAUCGUCCCGCUUCGGUGAUCCCGAAGACCUAAACACCGACAUAGGUCCCGUCGUCCAUAAAGGUCAGCGCGAGGCCAUUCUGCGACAUAUUGAGAAGGCACAACAGGACGGAGCAGAACUCGUCGCGGGCGGUAAGGAAGAGAGUGAAAAGCUUGGUGGUCUUUUCGUGGCCCCGACUAUCUUCAAAAACGUCGAUCCGAGUAGUUCCCUAGCGAACACAGAAGUCUUUGGGCCUGUUUUGGCCAUUAUUCCGUUCGACUCGGACGAAGAGGCAAUCAAGAUUGCAAACUCGACUCAAUUUGGCCUUGCCGCUGCGGUAUGGACGACGAGCUUGAGACGCGCACACGACAUGGCGAGUAAGCUACAUGCUGGCCAGAUCUGGGUCAACACCUAUCGCCAGAGCUCUGCAACUGCGCCAUUUGGAGGAUAUGGCCAUAGUGGCUAUGGCAAAGAGCGAGGAGUGGAAGCAUUACUCGAAUAUACGCGCUUGAAAAAUGUCAUGAUGGACCUCGGCAAUGAAGCUCGCGAUCCUUUCUCGAUCAAGCUCUAG